GGUGAUUGAGAAAAGCAAAGGAUAAUAGGAUUAGUAAGCCGUAGUCUUGACUGUCCUUUCAUCUCAACCACUACCACGAAAUCUAGAACUUCUGGGCCAUAACGGCUAGGCAACCACAAAGCACUCAUAGACAAGUACUUGCGUAGAAAUCGAUCCGAUCAUUCAAGACAUUAUCAAUACGCGUUCGCAUCCUCUAUAGACUCACUAUACCCAUUCAUUCAAGAUCUGAGCGGCACCAUGUCGCACGCCAGACACCAGUCCUCAUCGCCACGUAAGUCAAUGCGGGCGUCUGAACCUCUCUCGUCCCUGGAUCAGACUAUGCCAAAUGGGGCACAUUCACUGGCACAUGAACUCGCUGUUGCACUAAUGCCUGAGCCCGGAGGCGGGUCCCGAAUGCUGGCGGAGGAGUUUGGGAUUGAGUAUGAUGAAGGCGCGGAGGGCAUUGAUGAAAAUGACUGCGUACGUGGAAAUGAGGACCGUGAAGUGCACGUAGCAGGGGACAGUCUUGCGAACGAGAUUGGAAGCAGCCUAGCUGAUGAGAUGGGGGCCUCUAAUUUGGCGGAUGAACUAGGCGGGAGUGGGAGCGCUGAUGAGGACGCCGAUGAAGAUGUUGAAGACAGUCUAGAUGAGGAUGAUGGGGAUGACUCGCUUAUACCAAGAAGACCAGAGCAAGAUGCCAUGGAGAUUCUUGCACAAAAUCUUGCUUCAACAGAUCAAUUCCUUGCACAUUUACGCGCCGUCGAUGCUCUACCUACUUUAUCCUCCGCACACACCUCGGAUACUGCUCCAAGCGCACACGUCCUGGAAAGACUGGCAUCGGACAUGAUCCGUGCUAUCAACGAGGCCACAAAAGAGAGGGAAAGUCAAGUGCGCGAGCUCAUUGCCUAUGAGCGCGAAUUCCGCCGGCUUUCGACCGAGAUCGGCGGAAAUGACGUCCUCUGUGAGUUGGAUGACAUUGACGAGGGCGAGAGCGAGAGCGGACAUGCACCGACGAAGCUAGACACCGUCGCCGAGGAAGACGAGCUUGACUCAUCUUAUGCACCAUCCUUACCUUCGUCGCCCCAAAAGCCCUCUUUCACUGCACCCCAACCCUCCAGUGCUGCUGCACCGCUGCCGCACCUGGUGCAACUUAGAACACAUACAGCGGCCCUACUCUCAUCACUCACGACGAUAUCAGAGCAGGCGCAGGUGAAUGGAGCCGCUACAGCAGAUUCAGGUCGGCGGAUUCGUGCGCUGAAGAACCGUUUUGGUGGGUUACGCGGGGAGUGGGAAGGCGCGGAGCGCAGCCGUGGACGUAUUGAACGAUGGGAGCGGGAAGGCGCAUAUCUCAACUGCAGGAGAGUUGCUGAGGAACACAUGAUCGCAUUCCAACAGGCCAUAGAUGAGGCGGGGGUUAAGACACAGGCGAUUAUGGCGCGAUAGAUGGCAUGAUGUAGAAUGGACUUGACUACGCUGGAGGAUCGCUACAUAUCUAUUCACAUUCACUCACUACAGUAUUAUACCAGCACAUCAUUUAUUGUAUGUAGGACUGACUAGUCCGACGUCGGUCAUCUAUGCAGCACUUCGUUCCGGAAGAUAUGUAAGAGUUACAUUACACCAAAGUGUAUACACGGACGUGUCAAAAUUUCAACAAUUUCAAC